AUGCUCACCGACAAAAUCCACUUCCCGAACCCCUCCACAGAGCCCGAAGACAUCCUCUCCUCGUCCCUCGGCGUAAUCUUCCCAGACGACAUAACAAACCAACAUGGCGACUCCCUCACCCCCAUAAUCUACCUCUCACCCGUGCACGGCGCCAUCCACCUAACGCUAGCAGAUCCACAGGGCGAGGAUAACCGGCGGCUGUUCUCGCACUUCCUGUGGAAUGCGGCGGUGCUGUUGGCGGAGUAUAUGGAGGAGGGCGGGGAGGAGUGGGGCGUAGCGGGGACGAGUGUGUUGGAGGUUGGGGCGGGGACUGGAUUGGGGGGGUUGGUUGCUUGUUUGAGGGGCGCGCGGAGGACGGUCGUUAGUGAUUAUCCAGCAGAGGAGGUGUUGGAGAAUAUUCGGACGAAUGUGGAGCGGAAUGUUACGGUGAGGAGGGGGAAAGAAGGGGAAGGAAAGGCAUUGGGUGAGAUUGAGGUAAGGGGACAUGAGUGGGGGGUUUUGGAUGAUGGGUUUGCGGUGGAGAAUAAGAGCGCUUUUGGGAGGGUUUUGGUGGCGGAUUGUCUGUGGAUGCCGUGGCAGCAUGGGAGCCUGCGGAGGAGUAUCUGUUGGUUUCUGAGUGAGGAGGGCAGGGCGUGGGUUGUGGCUGGCUUUCAUACGGGGAGGGAGAAGAUGAGGGGGUUUUUUGACGAGGCGGCGUGUAGGGAGGAUGGGUUGGUUGUGGAGAAAAUUUGGGAGAGGAAUGCAGAUGGGGCUGAGAGAGCAUGGGUUGAGGAUAGGGGGAUAGAGGAUGUUACGGAGAGGAAAAGGUGGUUGGUUGUUGCUGUGCUUAAGAAAGCUACUGGAUGA